AUGCGAAUCUCUCCGCCACGGGGCUCAGUUCCCGCUACUUCCCUCCGGCUAACCCUGUUCGACAUAUCGUGGAUAAUCUGCCAUCCGAUUCAGAGAGUCUUCUUCUACGAUUUCCCGCAUUCCAGUUCCCAUUUCCGGCAAACAACCAUCCCCAGUCUCGCCGAUUCCCUCUCCCUGGCGCUUAUUCAUUUCUACCCUCUCACCGCCCGGCUCGUCACCCCGACGCUUUCCGACGAGAGGGCUCGCAUAUUUUACUCUGACGGCGACUCUGUUUCGCUCACCGUCGCCGAGACCGGUCUCCAAUUCGACCGUGUCAUCUCCGACCUGCCAAGCGACGUCGAACUGCUCCACCCUCUGCUGCCCAAACUUCCUCCCGACGACAGACCGAAUUCGGAGGGCGAAACCUCGUCCCCGCUUCUCGCCGUGAAGGUCACUCUGUUUCCGAACUCCGGCAUCUGCAUCGGGUUCGAGUUUCGCCAUGUGGCGGCUGACGGGCUGGCUUUCAACCAUUUCGUGAAAUCCUGGGCUUCAAUUUGCAAGUCCGGUGGCGGGGACUUGAGCUGGGUCGCAAAGUCUCCGCCUUGCCACGACCGAGAGCUGAUCGAGGAGCAUACAGAGCUCGAGAAUUCGCUUCUGAAAACCAUAGGAAACUAUGCAUCGCAUUGGGAUGAGGAUUCCCGCCGGCGUAUGCUCGCCAACAAGGUCCGCGCCACGUUCCGGAUUGACGGCGAGCAUAUUAAGAGGAUGAAAGCUUCUCUGGCCAACCACAAUGGCAGCAGCAAACAGUCGACGCCGGCGUCAGCGUUUACGGUGGCGAGUGCCCUUCUGUGGACCAGUUUGACGAGAUCCCGAGAACCCGAAUUCGUCGCUGCCAGCAGCGACAAAUUCAAUUCAGGGGAGGAUCACAUUGAUUGCUACGUAAUUCUGGUGGAUUGCAGGGGGCGCCUCAAACCCAAACUCCCGGCGACUUAA